GCUCAAACCGCGUCGAAUCUUCGAUCAAGGAGGCAGCUUUUUGAGCUUCUGCUGAGGUCGAGCGUUCCUCCGUGGAUUGACUCGUGAGCUUGCAAAAGCCUUCGGCUUUGCCAUGCCAGAUGCUGGACAGCCAAGGCUCAGCCUGACUUUUUCAGUGGCGCUGCCCAGCGCCACUGAAACCUGUAUCCAGCAUAAUUUUCCACAUUGCACCGUCAGAUUUGCAGCCAUGAGCGCCGACCCGCUCUAUGUCGUGCAGAGUGUAGUGGCUCUCGGCAGGGGCAUCAACGACGCGUUCCAGAACCUGAAGUUUCACAAGACGCAGGGGGGGGUUUUAAACAGCAGGAUUCAGCGGCUGAGGGCCAGAGUGGAGGAGCUGCAGGGCAGGCGCGACCUGGCGCAGCAGUACGACGCGGCCCUGCACGCGUUGCAGCUCCAAUUCAAGGCAGCUCUCCGCCUCUUCCAAGAAUGCAGCAGGAGUAAAGUGUACCGGCUGCUGAACCACCAGAGGAUCCGGGACGGGAUCAUCGACGUCAACCAGCAGAUCACGUACUGUUUGGUGGACAUUGACUUCAUCGGCGGCGACAUUGUCAAUGCGUUCCGGAAUGUCAACCCCCUGCGGUACGUGGACCCCCUGCUGGAGGGGGUGCGGCUCCCGAGCGCUGACCUCAGCAGCCCCCGAGCGGUUCUGCGAGCUGUGACGCACCUCCAGCAGACAGGCGAGGUCACCGCACAGGAUGUCGCCCAGUAUCGGGCGGACCUGGAGGCGCUAGAACGGCAGAACAGGGAGUUGCAGACGCAGCUGAGCUCCGGGUGCGCCGAGGCCGACGAGAGCUUCAUGGCGCAGGUCAUCGGCCUGCUGAAGGAGCUCGACGAGCAGCUGCCGAGCCCGGGCGGGUCGGGGGAGCUGGAGGUUCCGGAGACUUACAAGUGCCCGAUCAGUGGGGACGUGAUGGGGGACCCUGUCAUCAUCGUAGAAACUUACAUCACGUACGAGCGGAGCCAGAUUGAGAAAUGGUUCGGAGACGGCCAUCGCACCUGUCCCGUGACCAACCAGCACCUGGAGAGCACCCAGGUCAUCCCCAACCUCUCCUUACGCGAUCAGAUUCAGGGGUGGGCCAGAAACGCUGGCGUGACGCUGAGGCCCCCAAGCGCGGAACCCCCCCCGCCGCCAAGCGUGGAGCCGGAUCGAGCGCUCCCUCGCACUCUCUCCCGGCAAGACUCUGAGAUCGCCCCGGCCCUCAAGCCCUUGGAGCCGCGCAUCCGCCCCGGGAUUUCCUUAGCCGGGCUCACAGACCUGGCCGAGGACGGGGAUCCCCAGGCGCAGUUCGAGCUGGCACAGUGCUUCCUCGUUCCCGCGCGAGGCGCCCCGUACGACGCUCAGAAGGGGUUCAAGUGGGCCAAGAGGGCUGCCACAGGGGGAGUGCCCGAGGCGUGGGCGUUGGUUGCGGAGGGCUACUACCAUGGCACGGGAACGGCGCAGAACGUUGAGGAGGGGAUCAAGUGUGCGCAGAAGGCGGUUCAAUUGCCGGAGCCGGCUGCCAAGUUCAUUCUGGGGGAGGCGUAUGAGGGCGGGUUGGGAGGGCUUCCGAAGGACCCAGAAACGGCGGCCGAGCUUUUUAAAAAGGGGCUAGGGGAACUUAAGCGGUGGGCGGACGAGCCCCCGAGGGAUCCCCUCGCGCAACAGGCUUUGGGGCUGUUGUAUUUGAAUGGGCAUCGGACUGAAAAGGACGAGGAGCAGGGGCUUAUGUUGAUCGGCAAGGCGGCGGCCCAAGGGGCGGUGGGUGCUAACGCCUUUCUGGGAAAGUAUCACAAGCAGAAGGGCCAGGCGACAGCUUUCCCGUUCAUCAUGAGGGCCGCCGAGCAAGGCCACGCGGCGUCGCAGUAUGUUCUGGGGAGCAUGUACCAAAACGGGCAGGGCGUUACGCGGAAGCCCGCGCAGGCGUACGAGUGGUUCGCAAAGGCCGCAGCAGGGGGGAACGCGCUCGCACAGCUGGCGCUCGCAGAGUGCUUCGACGACAGGGUCGAUCCGAUUAAGUACCUGACGCUCGCGGCGGAUCAGGGCAAUGCGGAGGCGGCGUAUCAGUUGGGCAUUCGCCGCUUGACUGGGAAGGGUGUCAAAAAGGACCGGAAGCUGGGCCUUGAGUUUCUUUACAAGGCGGCUGACCUCAACCACAAGGAAGCCAAAGAGUUUGUCAGGGCGGAAAGUUCUCCCAGGAGUGCGGGGCGCAUGUGGAGGCGGGUCAAAGACAGCCUUCACACAGUCGCCGGGGCGGGAAAGGCAUUCGUGUAAAAGCUAGCUGUUCCUACGCCAGAGACGAUUGAGAUCCAAAGUGGAGCAGCCACUGGCAAGUUUUAGGGAGUCCGUACUCCGGAUGUAUUUAUAGGUACCGCUUGUACAGAUCAGCAUGGCUUUGUUUGCUGUACGGUUGCCAAGGCUUACCGUAGCUUUUGUAAAUUACUAUUUUUGACAGGCGCGUUUGUUGAGAGUUUCUACCGAUAGCGGAUAGUCAAAGGUUCAUACUUGUAUCGACAUUGAACACGAAAUCAUAAGAUUUAUUGGUCCGUCGCAACAUAUGAGCGAUCUAGCCAAGUAACUACUUGACUGGAAGACUUAAAAGGGACGCAAAGGCAGAUUCUGUCGGAGCCUGAUCAAUUGGAUAAAUAAGCUCUAUACUGGUAUAAUACGCCGUUCUUGCGAAUCACCGUCUGCGUCCGACAAGGUUGAGUCUUUAAUUGAUUGACUCAAGGUGGU